AGUUGUUCAGACUUGCUUAGGACUUUCCAAAACUUGUUGGUGUUUCUGCCCCCCCACCCCCCCUUCCACUCUGCUCCUCUUUCAGGCAUUUCUCAAGAUCUCUUGAAAUUUAAAAUUGGGGUGUGGGAAAUACACACCCGGGAAAAAAUUUGAGGGGAACCCCAUUCCCCAUAGGGAACAUCUGCAGGGGAGAAAGGAACCAUUUCUGCCCCUCGAGGUGGAGAACAAUCCCCAAGCUCCCACACAAAAGUGUUGCAAUAUGAUCACUUUUUUGUUCCUUUGGCUUUGUCUUCCUCGAGUGGAAUCCUUGACAUAUCCUGCAGUCAUAUCCCCCCAAGAUCCAACUCUGGUGAUUGGCUCUUCGCUCACCGCCACUUGCUCAGUGAACUCUGACUUACACCUGAAAGCAGAGGACCUGUACUGGACUCUGAAUGGCAGACGGCUCCCCCCAGAGUCCUACAAGGUCCUCAAUGGCACCACCCUCAGCGUGGCUCUAGCCAACCUGAACGGGUCGAGGCAGCAGUCAGGAGAUAACCUGGUGUGUCACGGCAGAGACAGCAGCAUCCUGGCUGGCUCCUGUCUUUAUGUGGGAUUGCCACCAGAAAAACCAGUCAACAUAACCUGCUGGUCCAAAAACAUGAAAGACCUCACCUGUACAUGGGCCCCCGGCACAGAAGGCGAGACCUACCUGCACACCAACUACACCCUCAAAUACAAACUCAGGUGGUAUGGCCGGGAUAACACGUGCCAGGAGUAUCGCACCGCAGGGCAGUACUCCUGCCACAUCCCCAAAGACCUGGCUCUUUUUACGCCCUAUGAAAUCUGGGUGGAGGCCUCCAAUCGGCUCGGAGUGGCUGUCUCUGAAGUCGUCAUGCUCGACAUUCUGGACGUGGUCACCACCGACCCACCGGCGGACGUCACCGUGAGCCGAGUUGGGGACCUGGAGGACCAGCUGAGCGUUCGCUGGAGCUCCCCACCUGCACUGAAGGAUUUUCUGUUUCAAGCCAAGUAUCAGAUCCAGUACAGGGUGGAGGACAGUUCGGAGUGGAAGGUCGUGGACGAUGUAGGGAACCAGACGUCCUGCCGGCUGGCAGGGCUGCGGCCCGGCACCGUGUACUUCGUCCAAGUCCGGUGUAAUCCCUUUGGGAUCUACGGCUCCAAAAAGGCUGGGAUCUGGAGUGACUGGAGCAACCCCACGGCGGCCUCAACUCCUCGCAGCGAUCGGGCCCCAGGCGCGUGCGACCCCAAGAGCGGCGAGCAGAACACCACACUGCGGCGGGAGCUCAAGCAGUUCUUCGGCUGGGUGAAGAAACACGCCUACGGCUGCUCCAACCUCAGUAUCAAGCUCUAUGACCAGUGGCGUGUCUGGCUGCAGAAAUCCCACAAAACACGGAACCAGGUAGGUGCUACCCGGCGAUAAGCUGUAGCCCCUGCCGCGCUCGGCAGUGGCAGGAGAGCAGAGGGAGCACUGGGCUGGAGUUGCAUGGCACCCGCACGUGGCUGGACCUCACCCAGCCCUCAGGAUUGGGGGGAAGGGCGUGGACUCCCCCGCCCCCCCAAAAUCAUUCUUCUCCAGCAGGGACAGUAAGAAAGACUUGGACUUUGACCGGCUCCCCCAGGCGCUCCCCUUCCAGCAUCCAGCCCUGCUCCCUGGCAGGGGCCCCUGGUGCAGCCUCCCUGUCACUGCUGAGAGUGCUCCCUGCAAGGCGGUGACAUUGAGCGGUGCCUGCUGGAUGGAGGGGCACCGCUGCUGGGCAGGAAAAACGGGGGCCUUUUACCUGCCAGAGAAUCCCCCUCUGGGCAAAGUGUAAAUGACAGUCAGGAUGCUACACACGUAGACGCCUGUGCACGGCCCUGCCAGUGCAUUGGGGUGCCAGCCACAGUGCCACUGACUGAACGGCCCCUUUAUGCUGCCCACACUUCACCAAAGGGCCUCAGCCUCCGUAAGAAUCCGGCCUCAGGAGCCUCAUGAAAAUGACAGCCACUUCCCCCACUGGGUCCCCUGGGGGCCCGAAGUCCAGCCCAACCCUUCCCCACCCCGAGGUGUCAGGGAAACUGUUUCAUUUUCUGGCUGCACAUUAAACACCAGAGCGCAGAGCCAUGGCCAUGGUUCUCCGAGCAUUGGUCUCCACAUGGACAUCACCUCCAGUGCCCGCACGGACUUGCUCAUUGCACACGCAGCGUCGCGUGGCUUUAGCCAACCCCUGCCUCGGUCUGCGGGGCGAGUAGGGGGAGGGGCGCGCCCCUUGGUUUUAUUUAAUAAAGGAAAGAAAACCAGGAAGAAAAAAGAUCUGGCAUGAGUGGGUGGAGCAAGGGGCUCCUCCUCGCAGGGCGAGAUCCUGACGUGAGCAAGAUCCCUGCCCGUGUGGCCCAGCGCUCCGCCCAGCUGACCCCCUCCAGCGCUUCCCACCUCCUCCAGCCAUUCCCACGGGGAGACCCAUCACUCAGCUUCUUCCGAAUCGUACUUGAGGUCCUGGAGAAUUUCGCUGAUUGCCUCAAUGGUUUUAAUUAGCCUAGGAGAGUGGAUGGAAACCAUAAAUAACGGCCCCACGUGGGGCUGGGAGAGUAAAA